AUUAACGAUACAAUUUAUAUUGAAGUAUAUUGUGAAAAACUUACCGAGCGGAAUCGAUCAUUCAUCGCUGCAACAAUGGAGAUGGAAAUGAACGCUGAAAUGGAGAGAGAAGACGGAAGCGAAAGUGGUGAACCAUCGGCUGCAGGAAGUUCUGCAGGAAGCAUUUAUUGUACUUUAGAACGCGACUACGCUCGACUGGUGAACGAAAUGAAGAACAAUGAAACGCUAGCAGCCUAUGAACCAGAGUACACACGGCUUUUUGAAACUCUCUACAAAUGCCGUCGGGAUGAAGAGGAAUUACUGGAUAAUUUUCGACAACUUCAGGAGGAUUUUGUGAAUAAAACAAACAAAAUCGAUGAACUUGAGAAAACAGUAGAAGAGAACGAAUCGACGAUAGCUAAAUUAAAUGAGAAAAUAGUUCAAGUUUCAAAGCUCGCUGAUACGGCACAUACCCGAGAACAAAACGCUCAAGAGACUAUCGAAAAUUUACGGAUUGCAAUCAAUAAAUUAAAUCGGGAAAUUGAACAGAAGAAUAAAAAGUUUGAUAUUGACGAUGACGGUGAAGUUGCAAAACAAAAUGAAAACUCGGCUAUUGAAAAAGAACGACUGACAAACGAAAUAGAAACUUUGAAACAAAGUAUAAAAAGCAAGUCUAUGUACACUGAAGAACUCGAGAAAAAGAUGAGUGAGGUAGACAAUCAAAUAAGCAAGAUGCAGGAAAACAUGGAAGUUCAGAUGAAUGAAAUAUCGAAAGAACGGUUGGUGCGCGAAAGACUUGAGAGAGAAAUAAUAGAACUCGAGGAAGAGCUCAAGAUAAAAGCCAACCUAUUGCAGGCUGCAAACACUCUGGUGAAAAACUCGGCCAGCAAUGCCAGUCGCAUUGAAAAUCUCCUGAGGGAGCAACGAGCGGCUAACGAAAAAUUGCGCAAGGAAGUGAGCAAAUUGAUGACUGGGAGAAUAAACCUGCAAACGGAAUUGAAUAAUUCGAAUAAGCGGGUCAAAGAAAUUGAAAGAGUAUUGGUUGAGAAGACAAAUGAAUACAAACUUUCAGUUCAGGAAAUUAAAAGAUUGCAGGAAGAAGUGUCCAAGAGUAAAGCCGAGAAUGAUUGGAGCGUUAGCAAAUACACCAAGAUCGAUAAGGAACGCGCUAAAAUGGAAAAGGAUCUCGAGCACGUAAAAGUUGCUUUGAAAAACUCUGAGAUCCAUUUGAGUUCAUGCCAGCGUCAAAUAACUGAGGAAAAAAAGUCUGUUGACUUGGCCGUACGGGAAAAGAACGUUGUGAUUAAAAAUCUUGAAAAUCUAAAAGACACACUCGAAAAAACUCACGCUAAGAUUAGUGUAUUGGAAUCGAGUAAACGAAAGCUCGAGGGCGAGCUCCAAGAGGCACUACAUGUUAAUUGUUCUUUGAAUAAAAAAAUUGAGGCUCUUGAAAAAGAUAGGGACAAGUAUUGUCAACAAGUUGCUCAAGUACAGCACCAGCUUGAUGAAUCGGCGAAUCUGGUGAAGGAAAAAGAGACUGAGGUGGUGAAUUAUUCAAAGGAGCUAGGGGAAAUUAAGAAAAAAUUUCGACAUCAGCAAAAUUUAUUUGAGAGCACUCGAGCCGAAAAAAAUAUGUGUAAUAAAAAUUUGACUGUUAAGAAAGAGGAAAUCGACGAGCUGAGAGACAAAUUGAAGCUCAUGGUUCACCAAAUAGAGCAGUUGAACGAGGAGCUCGCAAUUAAGGAAAGUAAUAUAGCCAAGGGAGAGUUUUGUCUGAGGAAGGCUGAAAAAGAAAAAGAAGCUGCGAGAAUUGAGUUGCAAUCGGCGCAAAAAAAUAUAUCGGAUUUACGUAAAACACUGGAGGACAAUAAAAUAAAUGAGAAACAGUUACGGGAGGCCGUUAAAACUGCUGAUGCGGAUGUCAGUCGUUUGAAAAAAGAUAUUGACAACAUUAUGAACGAACGAGAUGUUUUGGGCACGCAGCUAGUCCGUCGGAAUGACGAAUUAAAUUUACAAUCCAGCAAAAUAAAACUUUUGCACCAGACACUAAGCAAAGGCGAGGCCGAGUACUCACAAAGGCUCGAGGAUAUCAGAUUACUAAAAUUAGAAAUAAAUAAAUUGCGAGGCGAAAAAGUGUUGUUAGUUAAGAGUCUGAACAACACGAGUGAUUUGCGUCAUGAAAUUUUACACUUGAAUCGCGAUAUGACACGAGAACGGCUCAAAGUCGUGGCACUUGAAGAAGAACUACAGAACCCGUUGAAUAUUCAUCGCUGGAGAAAACUUGAAGGAUCGGAUCCAACAACGAUGGAGCUAUUGAAAAAGAUCCAAAUCCUCCAGAAACGUUUACUUAAAAUGAAUCAACUCGUGAUAUCAAAAAGCAAUAAGAUAAAGGAAAUUGAAAAAUUGUACAUGGAGCUAAGACAAAUUCUUGCGAAGCAGCCAGCCCCGCAAUCAAUAUCUAAUCUCGUUAAGGCUAGAGAGGCUCUGCGAGAAAGAGGCAAGCAGAUGAAGUGCCUAACUGCAGAGUUAAACAUGUGGGAGUGCCGAACAAACGAGUAUAAAUACGAAGUAGAGAGGCUGAAUAAAGAACUGCGAGAACUAAAGGCCAAGUACUUAGCAUUGAAGCGGAAAAGCUCGUCGAAGUCAUUGAAAAGCAGCUGCGGAACUAUCAUAAGCGAUUCGCCGCGAUCAUCAGCUUCGCCAGCUAAUCAAAAAAAAUACUACGGUGGCGGAUUUACUAUGCUUGUCGCGCCCUCACAAAAUUAUUAUAGCUUAGAAUAAUCAAUUGUCGCUAAAUAAAUUAUUUCACGCGAUGUUUAAAUUAAAUUAAUUAACAAGCCUCGUAAUAGAAUCAACGGGUACUCUGUAACAUGAUCAAUAAGCGCAUCCAUGUAUUAAUUCAAUGAAAGUAUACUUGAUAUAUAUGUCCGGUUAUACUAUGUCCAGGUAUAUAUUUAUAAUUAAUAGGAGAUAGCGAAAAUUGUUUCAUCACAUACAAAAUUGUUUGUGUCAUAUCGCUGUCAUUGUCAUUACAGAGUACUCUGUGUUGGCGUACUACUAUGUACCAACGGUUGAACAAUUAUUAUCGGGAACUUGGUUAUUAAUCGUUUAACCGCCAAUUGGUCCGUGCAUAGUCAUGCAUUAUUGUCCUCAUGUCUAUCAUAAAUACUAAAUAACGUAUUUACUCUUUUGCUCUACUAAUAAUACACUAACUGAUGAUUUUCAUUAUUGUCUUGUUAAUAAUAUGUUUGACGGAUUAGGCCAUCGUCAAUAAUUUAAUCUUCCCAAAUAUUAGUUUCAAAUUAGCAGAUAUAAAAUACAAAGAACGCGGAAAUUUAAUUUCUUCUUUUGAU